AUGAAAGGAAAUACCAUAAAUACGAUUGUUUUGUCACUGGUGACUGCACAGGCGCUGUAUCUUCAGGAAUAUUCGACGAUUCCACAGGUAGUAGGAAUAGAUGUGGAGAGAAAUCGGCAUAUUUCGGACCCAGUAUUCCAAGAUCGGUUACGGAGGAGGGGUGCUGUGCAAGGGAAUUUGGACAAUAAGGAAACUCUCUACUUUUUUAAUGUGACCAUCGGAAAUCCGCCGCAAAGCGUAAGGUUACAUUUAGAUACUGGUAGCAGCGAUUUAUGGGUCAACACUCCAAGCUCGCAAAUUUGUUCCGGCUUAGCAAAACCUUGCCGGGUUGGAGGAAGUUACGAGGCCAACUCUUCUACAACUUACAAGUAUAUCGCCAGCGAUUUUAAUAUUUCGUAUGUUGAUGGGUCUGGGGCACAAGGGGACUAUGUGUCGGAUAUGGUUGCCAUUGGGAAAACGACGCUAAAAAACUUUCAGUUUGGGAUAGGAUACAAAAGCUCUUCCCCCCAAGGCAUACUAGGUAUCGGAUACGCAAUAAAUGAAGUGCAGGUCGGCAGAGCGAAAAAGAGACCAUACGAAAAUUUGCCGAUGCGAAUGGUGAGCGAUGGUCUUAUAAAUUCCAACGCUUACAGUCUCUAUCUCAACGAUCUUGAUGCCAGUACGGGCAAUAUCCUCUUUGGUGGGGUAGAUACGGCUAAAUAUGUCGGACCACUUCAUACGUUACCUGUUCAGAAAACAGGUAAAGUGUUCUCGGAGUUUCUCAUUACCAUGACCAGCCUAUCAAUUGGGGAAACUCCUAUUGCAAAAAACCAAGCUCAUGCCGUGCUUCUCGAUUCAGGCUCUUCGCUAACCUAUCUACCAAAUGAAAUGGUUCAGCUAAUUUAUAAAAGGCUGGGUGCCAAAUAUGAUCCUCGGAAGGGUUCAGCUUACGUCCCCUGCGAACUUGCUCGAAGUAAGGAAAAGCUAGAAUUUACUUUUUCUAAGCCAGUAAUUACAGUAGAUAUGAGUGAGCUAGUGAUUCCUCUCUUUGGUAGCAAUGGGCUACCAAUCUCAUUUGCUGAUCGCUCGCCCGUUUGCUUAUUUGGUAUUGCGCCAGCUGACAGUGGUACUAGCGUCCUAGGCGAUACUUUCAUACGUUCAGCAUAUCUAGUAUAUGAUCUUGACAAUAACGAGAUUUCCAUAGCUCAGACUAACUUUAAUGCUACUGCCUCAAGAAUUAUCGAAAUCGGUAAAGGUUCUAAGCCGGUACCAGAUGCUCAAGUUGUCUUAGACGACGUCUCGGCUGUUACUGGAAUCAGGAUUGAUACUACCAGGACAGGUCAUGGCAACCACGUUGUAGUUGUGUCUAAAAUUUACAGCCUUACUGUACCCAUCUUGAUUAUCGGGAUGGUGAUGACCUGGGCAGCUAUAUAA